UUGAAGGCUGCUGCUCAUCACUCGCCUUCUCCCCUCCUCCUUCCGCACCUUCCCUGGGAUCGCUUACUUUUUUCUUCUCCCCGUGUUUUCGGAGUGCGUGAGUGCGUGCGUGCGUGCGCGCUGCCGGUGGAUGAUAUCAACAGAGCUCCGUUUCUCCUUCAGCUCCGCGGCGCUCCGGAGCGCACAGGACGCGCAGCACGACGGAGAGCUUUUCGGUUGUUUUUUUGGUAUAUGAAGGGAAAUAUAAAACAAAUCAAAGAAGACAUAAAGAGAAUACCUGCACCGGAUUGGCGACGGGAUCCCCGCGCAAGUUCUGACGGAUUUGAACGGCUCAGGUGCGCUGGAGGAUCAGAGGCAGCCAGUUGGCGGAUGAUUGUCGGUUUCGUGGAGAGGUGUCACCGCCUCUGCGCAAGUCUCAGAUGAAGAUGAAGUCUGCGGCCGUCGUGGAUGGAGGCUUGUUCACAGAGAGCUAUUGUAACAUCUGCAAUGCCCAGCUCAUCUCCGAGUCCCAGCGCACCGCUCACUAUGAGAGUAAGAAACACGCCAACAAGGUGCGUCUCUUCUACAUGCUUCACCCUGAAGACGGAGGACCGCCGUCCAAGAGGCUGAGGCCAGAUAACCCAGACUGUGCAGAAACAGAGGUGGACAGAAACAAGUGCUGUACCUUGUGUAACAUGUUCUUCACCUCCGCCAUCGUGGCCCAGUCACACUACCAGGGUAAAACCCACGCCAAGAGAGUGCGCCUGGUGCUGGGGGAGCAGCCCACCCUACCCACAGGCAUGACCAGCCCUACAAACACAGAUUCCUCCCCUUCCACACCACUGCCCCCAGACCCCGCCGCGUGUCCCCCUCCUUCCCCGGCCCUGCCCUGGCCCGCGGCGGUGGUCGGCGGAAACGGCGGGAGAGAGGCCGGGAAAUACUGCUGCCUCUGCGGAGCCUGGUUCAACAACCCGCUGAUGGCCCAGCAGCACUACGAGGGCAAGAAGCACCGCAGGAACGCAGCCCGGGCACGUCUCCUGGAGCAGCUAGCGGGAAGCCUGGAUGCCACGGAGAGCACAGGGCUGCGCAGUAGUUACUCCUGCAGCGUCUGCAGCGUCGUCCUCAACUCCAUCGAACAGUACCACGCACACCUCCAGGGCUCCAAGCACCAGAACAACCUGAAGCAACACCAGCAGUAAAGCCACCGUGACAGGACACUCGGAAAAGCAGGAGAGAGGAAGACAGGGAUUACCGGAAUAAACAAAUACAGAAAAGAGGACUCAUGUCCGAGAAAGUAGUUAUGAGAAAGUAGUGCCGAGUAACUUCAUUGUAUGUGUGUGUGUGUGUGUUUGUUUGUAAGUCUGUGUGUGGGUAUCAUGAGCAUCCAUGCCUGCAUCUGCGGUGUGCAUUUGCGGGUCAUUGUGGGUGUGUUUGUUUCUACCUUUGAUCUAAAAAUAUAUCUCGGAGAUUUAUUCAGCACCCAAGUGUUUGAUACGAGUUCUCAGCAAGACAGCCACGGCCGCCAGAGGAGCUGCGGCUGCCAUGAAAGUCCUGUGUGAACCACAAUCCUAAAAAAUUCAACUGAUGUCGGUGCGUUGCCCAGAGCGGUGAUAACCAUUACAAUGAUCGUCAUAGAGCAGCAGUUACACUAACUCUGUAACCAACCGUUCCCAAAGUGCUCCGACAGCGAUGCUCGUCUCAACGCGGCCGUUUUACAUGCACUUCCUACGGAGCGGCGCUGACGGAGACACACGCGUGGCUCACUCUCAGACCACCUGAGACCAACUCAGGCCCAGACGCUUGAAUCCAAGGACAAGACAAAGCCCCAAUGACCUCAGACAUUACAGAUUGCAUGACGUAUUUUUGGUUCUAAAUCCCGUGUUGUCUGUAAAACGUAGCAUUGAUUUGUUUUUUUUUCCAGAUGGCGAGUGUGUCAUUUUGAAAUCCAGCUUUUCAUGUUCCAAAUAAUCCCAAACCUGCGUGGCUCGGGUGCGGUGCAGACGACCCUGGAGAGAAGCAGCACAAAGACUUUUUUAGCUCCGGCUCUGAAGUGAACUUCUUUGUCAAUCAUGUACAGAUGAAAACAUUCCCACGGCACUGAACACUGAUGUCAGACGCAGUUCAGAGGUGAUGUUAACGCCUCCCUGUUGAGAGUCGUGUAGAUAAUAUUUUUUUAUUUUUCUGUUGCAAAAGCCUGAGGAGAAAAAAAACUAAAUACACCAUUCCUUGUAGCAGAAAACGAACAAUAAAUCCGGAGUGUGAAUCAGUGCAUGCUAAAUCUAAAACUUUGCAUUAACUUGCCUUUUUAAGAUCCUACGGCUUGUGCAUUUCCUCAAAAGCGCUGCCUUCUAGAGAUAGCUUGGUAAUGCAUUUCUGAACAUGAACAAAGAUCAUCUCACCUCUCGGAGAGGCUUCUUAUUCAACUCCUUAAUUUAUUCAUCAAAAAAUGAAACCCUUUGAUGCCUAGGAUUUAGACCAGUCAUCGCCGUUUAAAAACGCCUCCAUCUGUAGAGUCAGAGUGUCUGUGAAGUGAGUUUUGACAAUGGUUUGUAGCAGAGAGAAGAUACGCUCCAGUUUCCUGUGCCGGCUCUGAGAUCGGCCCUGAGCUGCGUUUCUCCACACGGACAGAGGAACAAAGUGCCCCAUGCUAAGCUAUGCUCUGUCAGCUCUUAUUGGUUCAAGCUCUUUUUCUUCCUCUAUAAAACCCAUUAAAAAACGUUUAUUAGUU